AUGAGCGCCAUUCUAAGUGCAGACGACCUCAACGACUUCAUUUCGCCUGGCGUUGCCUGCAUCAAACCCGUCGAAACCCUCCCGAAACAAGAAGACUACAAUCCUUACGAAGUUACGACCGAAGAUAAAGUACAGGCGCAAAACCCUGCACCCGCCUCCAUCUCUCUGACCGAUUGCCUCGCAUGUUCGGGCUGCGUCACUUCCGCCGAGGCAGUCCUUGUCUCCUUGCAGUCACAUACCGAAGUUCUCAACACACUUGACUCAUAUCCAUCACUUAAUGUCCGAAGCCUGGUCGACAGACCGAACGGGGUUGUCAAUGGCCAUAAGCCACAGCCAUCAGAUGCGAAACUGUUCGUCGCCAGUGUGAGCCCGCAGGUCCGGGCGAGUCUGGCGGCGACAUAUGGCAUAUCUGAAAGAAGAGCUGGAUUUAUGAUUGAACAAUUUCUGAGUGGAGCGCAGGGCUUGCGGAUAGGUGGCCAGAACAAGAAUGGGUUCACAUACGUGGUCGAUACAAAUCAGUUAAGAGAAGCAUGUCUUGUUCUUGGAGCAGAAGAAGUGGCCGAAUCACUUGCCAAUCCGUCGAAGCCAAAACCGGUUUUGACUUCGGCUUGUCCAGGUUGGAUCUGCUACGCGGAGAAGACGCAUCCUCAUGUUCUUCCACAUCUGUCCACCUUGAAAUCUCCCCAAGCACUGUCUGGCACAUUGUUGAAAUCGGUGCUAAGCCGGACCCUUGGGAUUCAUCCGUCUCAGAUCUGGCAUUUGGCCAUCAUGCCGUGUUUCGACAAGAAACUCGAGGCAAGCCGGGAGGAACUCACAGACCGCUGGUGGCAGCCGUCGCCGUCGGAUACCCUAGACACAUCAACUUCGCCGGUCCGAGAUGUCGAUUGUGUGAUCACGUCUCGCGAGCUCCUGUCUCUUGCGGACGCGCGGGGUGUGCAGCUAUCUCAAAUGCCAUUGAAGCCCCUCUCACCCCCUGAGCGCUCUCCUUUCCCCGACUCAAGAAUCUCCACCUUCCUGUUCCCGAAAUCUCGGCGGCGGUCCGAACAAUCUCCUCCAGCUGGAUCUUCGGGCGGUUAUCUCUACCACAUCAUGGCCACCGAACAAACAAAUCAUCCUGGCAGCACGAUCUCCGUACAGCGAGGUCGCAACGCCGAUGUCAUGGAAUACCUCCUGUUAUCCGCCUCUGGACAGACACUGAUGAAAUGCGCAAGAUACUACGGCUUUCGAAAUAUCCAGAAUCUGGUACGCAAGCUGAAACCGGCGAAACAGUCAAAACUUCCGGGCGCAGCCAGACGCGCCGGUGCGGCUGCAAACAGCGGAAGCGAUUAUGCAUAUGUCGAGGUUAUGGCUUGUCCUGGCGGAUGCACCAAUGGUGGUGGACAGAUUAAGGUCGAGGAUGUGGUGAGCAUACUGCCGCAGACAAGGGGCGAGGAAGUGACGAACACGGCUGGUCCGCAGAGUCAGAAGGAAUGGCUGCAGAGAGUGGACGAGGCUUACUAUUCAGCUGAUUCGGAGGAGGACUAUGACAACGCGGACGGAGAUGUGAUCAUGACGGAUGGACAUGCAACUAUCAAUGGCCCUUCUGAGUACGAACAUACGAACGGAAAUCAGUUCCAGAACAACGCCGCCACCACUGUGAUCAAUGGUAUCGAUAUCCCGGAUGUUCGAGAUUUCCUGCGUCAUUGGUCCUGCUUGGUUGGUGUGCCAUUGGCCAAAUUGGCGUACACAACUUUCCGCCAGGUCGAGAGCGACGUGGGCAAGAAGAAGACGAAUGGCAAGCUUAGCGAUACCGAACGCAUCGCGCAAAUUGCGGGCUUGAGUGGCGGCGGCUGGUAA